UACAUCAAUGUAUCGGAUGUCACGGUAUCAGCCGUCGCUAAUCACUAAUUGAAAUGCUAUUUUUGUUUGCAAGUUUGAAUCUUCAUUCAUAAUACUAUCAUAUGGAGGCACUGUAUCAUGACACCAAUCUAAAGUUGGAGGAGGUGAAAACGUAUCUGUCCACCUAUGACAGGUGCAGCAAAGCUCACGAGGCACAGCUGGCCCAGGAGAUAGAUGAUAAGUUGCAGGUCAUCAACUCCAACUGCCAGAAAUUGGAGAACAAAGUAGGCCAUGAGCCACCUGCUAGACGAAUGAACGCAAGGAUGCGCGUGAACCAGUUGAAGUAUGACUAUGAUCACGUGACUCGAGCUCUGGGCAACAUCCACCUCAGGCGACAGGAGAGAGAACGGGAGGAGCGGGAGAGAGACGAGCUGCUACACAGGAAGUUCACCCCUAAUGACCAGGCCAUAGACAUCGGAGACUCACUCGACAUUAAUUCCAGACUACAGGUUACAAAUCGUGAGUUAGACGGAAUUCUUUCCACAGGCGGAUCUGCCCUGGAUCAUCUCAGAAGCCAGAGAACUAGCAUGAAAGAUAUCCAGCGAAAACUACUCGACUUCGCAAACACGCUAGGCCUCUCGACUACAGUAAUGAAAAUGAUCGAAAAACGAGGAUCACAAGAUAGGCUCAUUCUCAUCGGAGGAAUAAUAAUAACGUGUAUCAUUAUGUAUUUGACUCUCAGUUACGUCAGAUCUACGAAAGCAGGUACCUCAUGACGAAGAAAAUGAAGAGUAGUUCCUUGGAUAAUCACGGAGGAUAAAAUUUAAAUGUAUUGGGGGAAUAGCUUAUAUCAUUCAAGAACUGAUUGACAAUUUGCUUUAUUUGCAACUAUAUUUUUUCGUUUAACAAAUUGCAGUUCAUACAAUGCGAGAACAAAUAAUAUCAACAUCUAGAAAAGUUGGUUGUAGUAUUUAAUUCAUUUUGAGGUUCA